AUGGAAAAAGAAGUUGCUCGGGAGGGAGGUGCAGGCCAGUACAGUAGGAAGUGGCAGGAAGUGGGGACAGACCAGCAGCCAUCGGCGGAGCAGUGUGCGGGUACAACAGCAAUAUUGAGGGUCAAAGUGGCAGGAAUUCCUUGUGAGGCGCUCUUAGACACCGGGGCUUCGAGGAUUUUCGAGUCUGAUAAGCUACAUACGUACGUGAAUGGCCAGUGGUGCGAACUACCUAUAGCCCGUGCCAAUGGGGAAAAACAUAGGAACGGCAGCACUCCAGAGGAGCGCCAGCGGACCCCUGCUGAGCAGGCAUACGAUAUACUGGCUAAAGAAGUGACAGGUAUGAGAAGGGAGGAGGCUAGGGCACGUCUACAACCGCCUCCUAGGAGGUACAAGGCGCACACAGGGGCGGGGAAGAAGGCGACGGCAGAAGUACUGCUACAACAGGCUAACGAGAGCAGGGCGUGCUUACACCAUCCACUACAUGGACUAUUUGUCAUACUAGCUUUACCCGCUGCCGAGAAGAUAGUGGCCCUGAGGUUGUUGGAUGCGUGUCAAGGGGCCUUGUGCUGUGCAAUGAUUGACACCCACCCUACCGCCAGCGGACUGGCAUGUCUAGCAGCCCCCGAUGCUACUGCGUUAGCGGACGAUGAGGAGGAACCCCCUUGGUCAACAGCCGUACUAGAGUGUACUCAAUUUGAUGAGUGGAUGACGUCGGAGGAGGCACAAGCCACUCCACGUGAGACACUCGAUGUGUUGCGAGCACUCCGUGCUGUCCUUCCUGACAAACUCCCUACAGAAUUGCCCCCGAAGCGCCCAUACGAUCAUCGGAUUCUUCUCGUGCGUGGAAAGCUACCUACGAAGUCCGCGAUCUAUCGCAUGACCCCAGACCAGCUUCGAUUUCACAAGCAGGAGAUAGCCAAGCUGUCGGCUAAUGGGUGGAUAGGGCCUACAUACUCUCCCAUAUGUGCCCUUACGAUUAUGCUAGAUAAGCGUGACGAUGGGACAGGCGAGCGAAAGAUGCGUAUGGUCGUCAAGGAAGUGAACGCUCUUACGAUAGCCCCGGACUUCCCUCUACCUCCUAUUCAAACUAUUCUUGAGAUGUAA